UCAACCAAACCACAACCCGAAAACAAAAAAUAUAAAAAUAAAACGGUCACCACCACCACCACUCCGCCACCAGCAUCUUCCGUCAUCUCCGCCACCAUUCCCACUCACAACAACCAACCGUACAACUCCCACCGACCACAAUUCCACUCACACCCAAAACGACGACGCAUCUCUAGCACCAUUUAAUUCCGUCCCGAAACCAACAACCUAAAUGCAAUUCUCAAUCAAAUCAAAUCAUAUCAUCAACCACUAGAUUCCAAAAUUGAUUGCGUCAGCACCAUUCAAUGAUUCAUACGUCUUCAUCACCUUCACCUUCCUCAUUAAUCACCAACGCUAACGCUGCGGAUUCUCGUCGUACCUGAUUCCUUUUGUUACAUUUUCAUUUAAUAAUAAUAAUAAUAUUAAUAUUAUUAUUCGUCACUAAAUGUCUAUAUAAAACGUGAAAUAAGAUGCGUUUUCCUAAAUCACUAACCGUUUCGUUUUGUUUCUCGGUUCUACACCCUUCGCAUACUCGUUUCCCCCAAUUUGCACCGGAUUUAGGGUUUUGUUCGUUCAGAAAGUUGUUCAGGUCUCAAGGUGUUUAUCACUUAGCAGAGCCUAACUGGGGAGUUUAAACUAAAAGCUUUCAGCAUUUACACAGUUGCUUUCUGUUCUUUCACUGGUCAAUAAAGGCCCGUUUCAGUUAGGAACAAGAAGUAAAAUGGACGCCGUAGGUUAUGGAUUUCCAUCAGAUAUAAAGGGACCCAAUGGCUGUGGAAAAACUGAGGUUUCGUGUGUAUGGGCAUCUCCUGAAGGAGGGCAAAAGAUCGAUAUCGGCAAACAUAUUUUCUGUAACAGGGCUGUGAAUAUGAAAAACAUAGUUGCUGUUGGCUUUGACAUGGAUUAUACACUUGCACAAUACAAGCCGGAAACUUUUGAGUCACUUGCGUACAACGGCACUGUCAAAAAGUUAGUGGCUAACUUGGGAUACCCUAAUGAGUUACUUGAUUGGUCUUUUGAUUGGACGUACAUGGUCAGAGGACUUGUUCUUGACAAAAAGCGGGGAAAUAUAUUGAAGAUGGACAGACAUAAAUAUGUGAAAGUGGCGUAUCACGGAUUUAGGUUAUUAUCAAAGGAUGAAAAGGUGGCCACGUAUGGAAAUACCCUCGUUCGAGAUGCGUUUGACGAACCCGAUUAUGCACUCAUUGAUACCCUUUUUUCACUAGCUGAAGCUUAUUUGUUUGCUCAGUUGGUAGACUUCAAGGAUAAUAAUCCAGAAAAAAUCUCAGAAGAAAAAGAUUACUUCUGUAUGUACAGAGAUGUUCGAGCUGCAGUGGAUCUGUGUCAUCGUGAUGGAACUUUGAAGCAGAUGGUUGCAAAUGAUCCAAAAAAGUACAUUAAUGAAGACAACUCAAUAGUCCCGAUGCUUCAGAUGCUUAGAACUUCUGGGUUUGCUGUAUUCCUGGUGACGAACAGCUUAUAUUUAUUAUGCAGCCUUUGGGAUUACACAAAUGUUGUUAUGAAUUUUCUAUGUGGACCCCCAAAGCCAGAUGGCAGCUCCUCGUUGACCCUUGACUGGCUCAAACACUUUGACGUUGUCAUAUCUGGCAGUGCAAAGCCAAAAUUCUUCCAUGAUGAAAACCGUACAAAUCUUUUUGCUGUGGACACUGAUUCGGGAAUGCUUAUUAAUACUGAUAAUGGUAGUCCUAUGGCUCAGGUUUGUCUGGUGGGGGGUCCUUCUUUAGAACUGCCAGAUCAGAUGCCAGAUAAAUCUUACAAAGUGUUUCAGGGAGGCAAUGUUGGCCAUCUGCAUAAACUACUAAAUGUGGAAUCAAGUUCACAGGUUCUAUAUGUUGGAGACCAUAUAUACGGUGAUAUUUUGCGCAGCAAAAAAGUUCUCGGUUGGAGGACGAUGCUCGUUGUUCCAGAGCUUGAAAAGGAAGUUAAACUUCUCUGGCACUUACGGGACACUCGUAAGCAACUUAUGAUUCUUCGGAGUGAGCGAGAUCACAUUGAAGAUCAAAUUCAUCACUUAAAAUGGUCCCUUCAGUGUGACUGUUUGGAUGCUCAUGAAGCAAAAAAGGCUCAGUCAAAGCUUGGUUCGCUUGAGGUACAACGUGAACGUGUUAGGGUAACACAUCAAGAAGCUCAAAAAGUUUUCCACGAGAAGGUAGCCAGUUUUAGAACACAGUUUCACAAGGUGUGGGGGCAACUUAUGAAAACCGGGUAUCAGAACUCACGUUUCGCUCAUCAGGUGGAGCGAUUUGCGUGCCUGUACACAAGUCAAGUUGGUAAUCUGGGCCUAUAUUCUCCUGCAAAAUACUACAGGCCGAGUGAGGAUUUCAUGCCACACGAGUUUGAUAUCUUUUCACUAUGAGAUCUCUGUAUAUGAUGAUUUACCUUAGUUUUUGAAACAAUUACUACACAAAACUAUAUAUCAACAUGUUCAUGCUCAAAUUAAAUAACCCUAUGCGCAAAUAUUAAUAUAUAAAAAAAUAUAAUGGUUAAUAAAAGGAAAACAAAUUGCAAUUUU